GGGCGGUGCCGCGGCCCAGCUGACGCAAGACACCCGUCAGGCAGCCGCUCGCCCGGCACACACAGUGACACACCUCGCCGGGCAACACUGGCGUCCACACCACUCACAUCGUCGUCCUCUCUGGGGCUUCACGUCACUAGCAAGGUCCACGAGUCCACGUAACGCCACAAAGAUGACCAGGAGUGCCUCAGCCGGGGUGUCCGUGGUGGUGGCGGUGGCGGUGGGCGUGUUACUGUUACAGCCGUGCCGGGCAUUCUUCGGUAGCACGACGCCCCAGCCCAUGACGGACCCUGCAGCCGGGGAGAGGUGUUUUUGCCAGCUUAAAGGUGCCGUAGAUGAUUGCCCUUGCUCUGUGGAGACCAUUGACAGUUUCAACAACUUCAAGAUUUACCCACGACUUAACAGCCUCCUGGAGCAAAAUUUCUUCAGGUACUGGAAGGUGAACCUGCUGAAGAAGUGUCCAUUCUGGGAGGAUGACAGCAAGUGUGCCAUCCGUUAUUGCAGUGUUCAGCCUUGCACGGAUGUACCUGAGGGCCUAAAGGGAAGAGCUGCAGACCCUAAUAUCAACAAAGCCAAGAAGUUGAAGGAAUCUCUUGGCAGUGGAGGUUGUGAUGAGGAGAAUGACCUUGGCUUCCUCAACACCACCCUCAGCAAAGAGUCCCUGGAUGGCUUUCAGAAGUGGGCCAUCCAUGACAGUGCUCAGGACAGCUUUUGCUACUUAGAUGAUGACAAGCCUGAGAACAGUGAGUACGUGGAUCUGCUGCUAAACCCAGAACGCUACACAGGCUAUGCUGGACCCUCGGCACACCGCAUCUGGAGGUCAAUAUAUCAGGAGAACUGUUUCAAGCCAUCCAGGACACUGGGGCCGUAUGUCGACUUCAGCAACAUUGGAGCUGAUGAGUUCGUAAAGGAUCUGUGCCUGGAGAAGCGGGCAUUUUACCGUGCUGUCUCUGGCCUGCACAGUAGUAUCAACAUACAUCUGUGUGCCCGCUACCUUCUCUCAGAUAGCAAUGGGUUUGAAGUUUCUGCUGAAGGAGUCUGGGGACACAAUGUGGAUGAAUUCCAUCGCAGGUUUGACCCAGAGUUGACAGGUGGAGAGGGACCCAAGCGCCUCAAGAACCUCUACUUUCUCUACACUCUUGAGCUGAGAGCCCUUGCUAAAGCAGCACCUUAUCUGGAGAGCCAAGAAUUCUUCACCGGAAAUGAGGAAGAGGACAGAGAUGUCAAAAAGGCUGUCAUGGAUCUCCUCUCUGUUACAAAGAACUUCCCCAACCACUUUGAUGAGAGCUCCAUGUUCACGGGGGGAAAACAGGCAGCCAAGCUGAAGGAGGAAUUUCGAGAGCACUUCCGUAACAUCAGUCGAAUCAUGGACUGUGUUGGGUGUGACAAGUGUCGGCUAUGGGGCAAGCUACAGAUCACUGGCUUAGGCACAGCUUUAAAAAUCCUCUUCUCAGGCAACUUUGAUCACCCUGUGGACCAACAGCUCAACUUGUCAGCUGUGAGGCAAACAAACUUCCAGCUAUCAAGAGAAGAAAUUGUGGCACUUUUCAAUGCAUUUGGAAGGUUAAGCCGCAGCAUUCUGGAGUUGGAGAACUUCCGAAAGAAGAGUCAUAGAUAAUGAAGGAAAGAGGUGCCUGAAGUGGAACUCAUUCUGUGAUAUUUUUGUACAUACUUGUUCUGGGUUAAAAGUAACAGAAGUUGAUUCACCUUUACCAUCACCUGCUUUUGGGGGAAGUUGAUGUCUUGAGUGUACCUUAUAGCUGCAAUGUGCAAUGAGGGAAGGUUUGUAUUAGGAAGCACGCACAUGUUGGCACUUCAAGAAUUUUCCCAACCAGAAAGAGAGGCUACCUGCUAAAUUCCACUGGGUGGCAGUACAAGGGGUUAUUUAUUAUUUAUUGUGCUGUAGGUUGUUAUGAAGUAUAUUUUAAGAUUUAUUAGUCCUUCUCAAAAAAUAGUUAACACAUGAUACAUGAGCUAAGGAAAUAAUUCUGCAGUGUUUUUCAAUUGCAUUUUGCUGCAUUUUAUCUAAAAAUACAUUUAAAUAAUCUAUAUUCUGCAGCAUAAUUUAUAUGAUGCGCAUUCUAUUGUUUUUUUGUAACAUGGGAGAAUAGUUCAUUCAUGUUCAUUGUUUCCUUUAGUUUACAUUUAAUGCUCAGGCAUCAGGUUUUAUAUGCUUUUACAUCAUUUUAUCCUAUAUGUAAUAACAUAUUCAUGCUUUUGUUAAAAAGUGUAGACAUACAAGAUUUUGUAUGAGAUAAUGAUUACUCAAGCACUUAGUUAUUGAUAAUGUGUAGCUGCUGAUUUCUCAUGUAACAAUAAUGGAUUUUUUUUUUUUUUCCUUUAUUAUAAUUGCACAUUAGUAUGACCUUUUCAUAAAUCUAGAUACUACAUAGUACUUGUAAUUUUGGGCUGCAACAUUUAUGACCUACAAGUGUACCAUGAGGGAAAGCAGAGUAUCUUAUCUUCCCCAUUGAAAUCAACACACAGUCUUCAA